AGAGAGGCAGCUCUACAAACUCUUGAGUGAAGACUUCCUGCCGGAGAUCUGCAACAUGAUUGCACAGAAGGAGAAGCGUCUGCAGCGGACAGAGUUUUCUCCCAGGUGGAUGUCUGACCAUCAGCCCAUCAAACCAAUCAAGCAGGAGGUAACCCCGAAUGUGCUGAGCUCAAUGGAGAAGCAGAGGCGCAGAGAGGAAGAGGAGGAGCGCCAGAUCCUUAUAGCAGUGCAGAAGAGGGAGCAGGAGCAACUGCUAAAGGAGGAGAGGAAGAGGGAGAUGGAGGAGAAGGUCAAAGCAGUGGAAGAACGAGCCAGGAGGAGGAAACUUCGUGAGGAGCGGGCCUGGCUGCUGGCACAGGGGAAGGAGCUCCCCCCUGAGCUUUCCCACUUGGAUCCCAGUUCCCCUGCCAGGGAAGAGCGAAGGACCAAGGAUAUCUUUGAACUGGAUGAUGAGUUCACAGCCAUGUACAAAGUUCUGGAUGUGGUGAAGGCUCACAAGGACUCUUGGCCCUUCUUGGAGCCUGUUGAUGAAUCGUAUGCUCCCAACUACUACCAGAUCAUUAAGGCCCCCAUGGAUAUCUCUAGCAUGGAGAAGAAGUUGAAUGGAGGUCAGUACUGUACCAAGGAUGAAUUUGUGGGUGAUAUGAAGACCAUGUUCAGGAACUGUCUUAAGUACAACGGUGAAGGCAGUGGUAAGAGCAGUAAGAUUCUAAAUUUGUCUAUUUGCAGUGCUCAGCCAAAGCAAGCAGUGCCCUCUUCCUCCUCACCAGUGCCUGAUUUGUGCUUCUUCUCUUUCAGAGUAUUUUUGGGAGACCAGAUGAAAAGGCAAUAGUUACUGAGACUUGCAUUAGGUUUUAGUGAGGCU